AUGAUGAACUAUUUGAAACGACGUUUCUCCUCAGGAGAUCUUCAAAAUGAAAAUGAUGAUAAUAUUAUGACCAUACCAACAUCGACAGAAUCUCAUACAACUACAAUACCACAAAAUAAUGUAAAUCGACAACCAGCAUGGGAAUCCAAAUCAUCAACAUAUACAAGUGCUCCAAGUUCACCAACUCGAAAUCCUCCAUCAUUAGCUAAUCAAUUUAUGAAUGUUGCACGUGGUGUCGUUAGUCAAGCUAUACAACAAAUACCACAUCAACAACCAGGAACGGCGACGACGACGACGACGACUGGUAGUUUACCAUCUACUUAUCAUCCACAACAUCAAUCUCAUUUUCAAUCUAUACAAAAUAGAGAUCAACAUCAACAGAUAUCAAAAGAAAAAUGUAAAUUAUUAUUAGUCAUCGAUGAUCAACAUACUGAUUGGAGUAAAUAUUUCAAAGGCAAAAAAAUCUUUGCUGAUUAUGAUAUCCGUGUUGAACAGGCAGAAUUCAAAGAUAUUAAUUUGGCUGCAUAUUCAGAUGCUGGUACUUUAGUUGAUAUAAAUAUAUAUCGAAAUGGAACUCAUGUUGUUCGAUCAUUUCGACCUGACUUUGUACUUGUUCGACAAUAUGUAAGAGAUAUUAAUAUUGAUUGGACAAAUAUUAUUCUUGGAAUGCAAUAUGGAGCUGUACCUGGUGUUAAUUCAAUGAAAGCAUUAUAUAAUUUUCGAGAUAAACCAUGGAUUUUCGCAGAAUUACUUAAUAUUCAACGACGUUUAGGUGCAGAUCAAUUUCCAUUGAUAAGUCAAGCUUAUUAUCCAAAUCAUCGAGAAAUGCUUAUUUCACCUCAAUUUCCAUCUAUAAUUAAAGUUGGUCAAGCUCAUCAAGGGUUAGGAAAAAUUAAAGUUGAAAAUCCAUAUGAUUUUCAAGAUUUAACAAGUGUUGUUGCUAUUAGUAAUUGUUAUUCAACAAUUGAACCAUAUAUUGACGGACGUUGCGAUGUUUAUAUACAAAAAAUUGGACAAUAUUAUAAAGCUUUUAUACGAAAAUCACUAACGGGUAAUUGGAAAGCUAAUACAGGCUCAGCAAUGCUUGAACAAAUUGAAAUGACUGAUAGAUAUCGUCUAUGGAUUGAUGAAGUGAGUCAAUUAUUUGGUGGACUUGAUAUAUGUGCUGUUGAAAUAGUUCAAUCAAAAGAUGGAAAAGAAUUUAUUGUACAGAUAAAUGAUUGUUGUAUGCAAUUAUUAGGCGAAACACAAGAUGAAGAUCGACGAUGUAUUGCCGAACUUGUCAUGCACAAAAUGCAAAUCUAUUGUCGUCCUGAUAAACAACCGACGAUGAUGACACGAAUACCAAGUGUUGAACAACCUGUUCCUGAAUUACCUAAAAUAACGAAAGUUCCAUCACCAAUAAGUGAUCCUGUUUCACAUUCAACGAUGAAUGCACAUACUGUACCGUCACCGGCAUCAACAGCAGCAAUACAUAAUCAUAAUAGCAAUCGUCGAGAGUUGCCACAUGUUCCACGAAAUACAGCUAAUAAUGAUAAUAAACCACCGCCAAGUGUUAGUCAAAAUCCAUUUUAUAACCCUUCUGCAAAUACAAAUCCUAAUAGUAGCAAUACUAGUCAUAAUACAUCUCGUACUACUCCAGCACAAUGGAUGGGAAAUAUUGGACAAACUCUUCGUAGACAAACAUCAAAUGUUGCUGAUGGUGGAGAUGUUCAUAGUAAAGAUGAAUCAGAAGAUACGCUUGCAAAUUUGAAAAAGACAUUUGCUGGGAUAUUUGGAGAUAUGACGUCUUGA